GUCGCUGUGCUCGGCGGCGGCUCCUUUGGCACCGCGAUGUCGCACGUGCUCGGGCGCAAAGGCGUCAACGUUACCCUGGUGGUGCGCCAGGAGACGGUCGCGGCCUCCAUCAACGAGAAUGGCACCAACACCGCGCACCACCCGGGCGGUGGCGCCUCACGCUCGCCACACUUCCUCCCGCAGGUCCGCGCCACGACGGACGCGGCGGCCGCCUUCGCCGACGCCCACUUCAUUUUUCACGCCGUGCCCGUCCAGUUUACACGCGACGCACUGGCAAAGGUCUCGCACCUGAUUCCUCCCGGCGUGCCAGUCAUCUCCCUCUCCAAGGGGAUCGAGACGUCGUCUCUCAUGCUGAUGGCCGAAGUGCUCGAGGACUGCCUCGGAAGCGAGCGGCCGCUCGCCUUCCUCUCCGGGCCCGCCUUUGCGAGCGAGAUCGCGGAAGGGCUCGUCACCGCCGCCGACCGCGAGCUCGCAAACGACCUGAUGGAGCUGCUCGCGUCGACCAACUUCCGCGCCCUCUACUCGCCCGACGUGGUGGGCGUCGAGGUGGGCGGCGCCGUCAAGAACGUGAUCGCGAUCGCUGCCGGGAUGUGCGAGGGCCUCGGCCUCGGCACAAACGCGAUGGCCGCCCUCGUCACCCGCGGCUGCACCGAGAUGCGGAAGCUGGUUGUCGUCUGCGGCGGCGAGCCAUCCACUGUCUUUGGCCUCUCUGGGGUGGGGGACACGUUUGGCACCUGCUUCGGGCCGCUCAGCCGAAAUCGGCAGGUCGGCAUGCGGCUGGGGCCCGGCGAAACCCUCAAAAAGAUUUUCGCCCCGAGCUCGGAGGUGUACGGGGGGGUUCCCCCCAGCCGCUCUAUUCCAAAACUGGUCGGAAAGUACCCGAUCCUCUUUGGCGUGGCGGCGAUUCUCGACGGCAAGAUCACGCCGCGCGAGGGGCUGGAGCGGCUCAUGGAGAUGCCG